AUGACGCUCACCAUGAAAAGAUGGUACCGGUCAAGGAGAAACCAGAUCAUAAUAAUCAUAUUAUUGGUAUCUUGCAUGGUCUACUACGCGCUUCUGAUCGACAAUCCCCCCAUAGAACAAGAUUUGAACCUUACGCGAAGAAUAGUACCUGCUUCGUCUCUACCAGUAGUUGAGGCAAAGGACUUAAACAGAACUGAAAUAAUUGCGUACAUCGAGAAGCGUUUGCAGGAGGCCUUGAAAAUGGACAAAGGGACGGGAUGUGAAAUACCACAGUUGGACCCAUUCAGUAAAGAGGUGAUGCAGUUUAACGUUGAUAAGCCGCCGAUCAGAUGCAGUGGUCAAGAUUGGGUUAAGUGUUGGCAUUCCGACUGUAAAGUGGUGCCAGAGAUCUUGCAUACAACAUCAGAUAUAACAUGUACUUACCGGGAUAUUAUAUAUGAUAGCGACGCGAGUUACCAUCUCGGAACACCCGUCGAUAUUAAAAAUGGUGAUAUAUAUAAAUUGGUGUUGAGUGAUCACGCUAAAGUAAAGUGUACUGGAAAACAUCAGAACACUGUCUUGCCUUCUAAGUGGACCGGCCACGUGGCUGGAUUUCGCAGCACUAUUUCUCCCAAACCACCUCCUGAAGGUAGAGAGGAUACUCUCAACGUGUUGAUCUUCGGCUUCGACUCUACCUCGAGGAACGGCUUCCUCAGGAAAAUGCCUAACAGCUACAAAUAUUUAGUUGAAGACUUGUCUGCUAGUAUUGCGCAAAUCAUAUAACAUUGUCGGUGACGGCACACCGGCCGCAUUAUUCCCGAUCUUAACUGGGAAGACUGAAUUGGAACUGCCCGAUGUCAGGAAGACGAUAAAGACUGCUGGCACACUAGACGAUAUGCCCUUCAUAUUCUAUAAGCUGAAAGAAGAUGGCUACCGUACGGCUUACUUCGAGGAUAUGCCGUGGAUCGGAACGUUUCAAUACCGGUUCAAGGGCUUCCGGAAACAACCGGCUGACCACUAUCUGCGCUCCUUUUAUCUUGAGGAGUCGUCGCGUGGUUCAUUAUGGAAGUUUAAAGACACCCGGUACUGCGUUGGCGCGACGCCGCGGUUCAAGCUCAUGAUGAACCUUACUGAUCAGUUCCUCAGGUUGGACGGAAAGCGGUUUUGCUUCACGUUUAUCGCGGACAUCACACACGACGACUUCAACGUAAUCGGAGCGGCCGACAACGCCACCGUGGACUUCUUGAGGACCUUCAAGGAAGCCGGCAGGAUGAAAGACACGCUGCUGUUCGUGAUGGGUGACCAUGGGGCUAGAUAUGCCCAAGUCAGGAGUACGUUACAGGGUAAAUUCGAGGAGCGAUUACCCCUAAUGGCUAUAGUUUUACCUGAGGAUCUGAAAAAGAAACGUCCUAAUGCACAAGCGGCCUUGGAAAUAAACGCUGACGCAUUGACUACACCGCAUGAUAUAUAUGCUACUGUGCUCGACGCCUUGGAUUGGCGUAAACAUUGGAAUGAUUUCAAAAUACCAGGAGCCGAUCUCCGGAGAGGAUUGUCCCUUUUGGAACCGGUGCCGAGAAAUAGGUCUUGCAGCGAGGCAGGAAUCGAACCCCAUUGGUGCGCUUGUUUAACUUGGGAGAAUGUACCAGAAAACGAUCCAUUAUACAAACGGGUGGCCGAGGAAUUAGUACGUUACAUCAAUCAACUGACAGAGAAACAAAGAUCUUUAUGUACGCCCCGGACGCUCACUUCUAUCGAUUGGGUGAUGAAACAAUUGCCAAACAAAAACAUGAUGUCCUUUGUGGCAUCUAAAGAUGCUGAUGGAUACGUUGGCAAGUUCGGCGGAAAGGUAGACGUACAGAAAGAAGUGUACCAAGUUAAGAUUGUUGUCGGACCUGGCGUUGGAGUUUAUGAAGCAUCAUUGACAUACUUGAAGAAGGAAAACAAGUUUGAAGUCAAUUAUAGGGAUAUAUCGCGGACUAACGCUUAUAAUGACGAGCCACAUUGCAUCAGUGCCCAGCAUCCCCACCUUAACAUGUAUUGUUAUUGCAACGAUUGA